CAGCUUACUUGACUGCUCGAGCCUCCCUUCACUUUCAAGCUGCCCAUCAUUGCACCCUACUUUGCGUCGCUGUAAUAUUGGCUUUGCACUCCAUUUCUUCUGACGCCGGCCCAGACAUGGCUUCCUCGACCAAGCAAGAAGCCUCUGCAAACCCGCCAGCGAGGCGGGCUCUGACUUUCGUGGACUUGCCGCAAGAAGUACAGAGGGAGAUAAUCAAGCAAUGUCCGACGCGCGAUCUGAUCUGCGUCGCGCUGGUUUCGAAGCAUUUCCGUGACCUCGCGGCCGCUGAACUCUACCGCGACUUUUCCAUCGUCUUCCCCGACGAGGAUAACCCGCAGUUCGAUACGCCGGUGGACGCACUGGCCGGUGGCUUCGAAACCUUCGUCACCAGCGACUACAACUAUGCCCAGUACCUCAAGAUCUUCUGCUUCGACACACUCUAUAUGGGCGACAAGGCCGAGGUUUCUUACCGCCCAUAUCUUGCCAACUUGAGUUGCGGCAAGUUCAUGAACACCCUGCUGCUUCUCACCCUGCGCAAGGCCAAAGCACUCGAGACGUUCAAAUGGAAUAUCCGAGUCGAGUUGAGCCGUCCAGUUUACAAGGAGCUACACAAAAUCCCGGCACUAUCGCAUGUCCACAUACGACUGCAGGCAGGCCCCUCGCAGUACGAGACACCCCCACCGCUCCCAUAUAACGCCUCGCAUUCACCUUCACCACCACCACUGCCGGCUCACGUCGCGCCCCUUAGUUCCAUUCUUCCUCCGCCAAGCUUCGGACUGAUGCCGCCACCUGGGGCGCCGCCAGGCCCUCCUCAGGGGCUUUAUGUGCCAGUCAUGGCCGCCUCAUCCGCUCCUCCUCCUCCUCUGCCCAAGCCGCCACGUCCAAAAACACCCAAAAAGGCGUCUACUGUGAAAGAGCCCCCGACGUUAUCCGGCUUCAAAGGGUUGAAGAGCCUUGCUGUGCUUGACAUAGAAACUCUUGACCUUGUGCCGGAGCUACAAGCAUGCGUCCGGAACUCUGCCGGAACCCUGACAAAGCUGAAGCUUUCUUUCUCAGAGAAGCUCGCAUCGACAGCCCGGAAGCCGUCCAUGGACCCCGAACCGGAAGACUCUGAUCAGGAAGACGAUAUGAUGCCUCCGCAACCACACUAUCAUAACGACGAAAUCAGCGGGCCUGCUCGGGCAUUCCGCGCGCAAGAGGAGAGGAAACGUCAGGAUUUGGUGCUGGGCAGGAUCUUCGACGUGGAGCCCAACCCCGCGGAUAAGGUCCACGGGGCCAGCGUCGAGAAGAAGGCGAAGAAGGGUAAGGCCAAGUCUGAGCGUGAGCUCAUUGACUUCAUGAAGACGAUCGCGCCCAAGUUCUUGGGAGAGCUAAAUGGGACCACCGACUUUGCGCCUCCGCCGGAUGUGAUCAAUAUGAUCGGGCAGGCCGCUCAGAAGUACAUCGACGAGGCGAAGUCGCGCAAUAAGGCGCAGCCCAACCACUCCGACGCCGCUUUGUCAAGCAACAGUCAGGUGCCCGGUGACAAAGCUGAAAAGGCACCUGUCGCCGAGACAAGCGGCUCUGUGGUGACCCUGUUCAGCGGCAUAGCACCAGAGAGCCAGGCGAAGAAAGUCCAACGAGACGCGAGUCCUGAGGAGAUAGACAUCGAAGAACCAGAGGAACAGCUUGUUAUUGAUCACGACGACUCGCCAGCGGGAGAUGCUCCUGCCAUUGAUACUACAGAAUCUCCCUCGAUUAGCCCUAUCUCCACAGCAGAGACACUGGCCGACGCCGAUAAUGCAGACCAGGCAGGGGCGCCGGCUACCGUCGAAGAGCGAUGGGGUAAAUAUAAUGCCGUGGCUGCAGAGCUGGAGAUGGUCCUGUCCCGAGCCAGCAGUUGGACUGAUGAGAUGCGGCGGUCGCGGGAGAGUAACAAUGCGCUCGCCAUCCGCAAGGGCAUCGAUGAGGCGCAGUCGCUGGUACAGGAUUUCGACCGAAUUAUUCACCAGGCAAUGAGCACAUGCGAUGCCGUGGUCAAGGGCGUGAAGAAGCUACCAGCCGACGUUAAGGAGUCGGUCAAGCGGGACCAGGCUCACUGCAUGCACGACUACCUGCGGAAAACAAGGGGUGUCGCACUUGAAUCCCUCAGCAUUUACCUUGUCCCCGUGAAGGCGUCAGUCCUGUCCCGAGCCAUUGACAUCCGUGUUCUCCGCCGCCUAACGUUGCUCAACGUCGGCGUCCAGGCGCCCAUCUGGACUCUUCUGCACGGGGCGAACAAGGAAGCACCGCUGCCAUUGCGGAAGAUCUACACUGACAAUGUCUCCCACGUAUUCUUGAAUUUUGUGUCUUCGCUCAAUGAGCUGCAUGAGCUGUUCCUCCUCGAGAGGGAAGCCAAGGCGAAGCCGGAGAGCUUCGCGCCCAGGACGCACACAACCAUCGACCAGAUCAGGAGGCUGGUGCUCAAGAAGCACCUGCCAACCCUGCGGGGGCUCAUGAUCAAGAACUUGACCGACACGUCGUGGGACCUCAACGAGAAGGCCAUCUUGCUGCUAUGCAUGCAGGGGAAGAAGCUCGAAGAGCUGGCCUGCAACAUGAGCAUCCGGGCCAUGCACUGCCUCAUGCAGCACAUCGCGGGCCUGGCCUCUCUCCGCGCCCUGCACGUCGUCCACCUGCGCAACGACGACACCUGCGUAUGGGUCAUGCGCGAGACUAAGCGUUUCCUCAUCGACAACAUCUCGCACUAUCCCCAUCUCAAGCUCGAGUACAUCGCCAUCGACGAAGACGACCGCGCCGACCAGCUGAUCAGAGUCUCGAAUUGGUUGAAGAAGGAUGGCGGCGACGGGAAGAACGCGGAGAAGGAGGAGAGCAAGGGGAAGCAGAAAGCCGCCGGGGUCAACUUGAGCUUGCUGAAUCUGGGCUCGAAUGGCAGCGACUUGGAUAUCCCGGCCAUCAUCUCGGCUGAGCUGGGCGGGGAAGGAUCGAGCACGGGGGGUGACGACUGGGAGACGGAUGAGGAGGGGGAUGAUGAGCCGAUCGGGCAGAAGAUCGAGACGGUCGAGGGGCUUCCCUUCUGCGACGUCCCCGGGGUGAGGAUCUUCAAAAAGGAGAUCGUUGCCGGCCGACUGUGAGAUGCGAUGAUGGCGGGGAGGUAGUGGGCGGGUAAGGAAAAAGGGACGGGGGAAGGGGGGUUGAGAGACCCA